CCCCGCGGAAAGGGCUUGGCGAAUCAGGUGACUGAGCCAGUAGUCGCUGGAGGCGGAGGCAGAAGGGGCAGUGGGUCUGAGCCGGUGCGAAGGGCAGACAUAUAAAGCUGGUGAAGGCAGAGUAGAUCUGGUCAGGUCCUGAAUUGCUGAGUCCGGAGCAAUGCUGGAGAAGACAGUGCCCUUGAUGGCCCUAGUGACCCACGUGCUGGCACUGGAGAAUGGGCUCCUGCAGACGCCACCCAUGGGCUGGCUGGCCUGGGAACGCUUCCGCUGCAACAUCGACUGUGAAGAGGACCCGAAGAACUGCAUCAGCGAGCGGCUCUUCGUGGAGAUGGCUGACCGGCUAGCACAGGACGGGUGGCGGGACCUGGGCUACACAUACCUCAACAUCGAUGACUGCUGGAUUGGCGGACGAGACGACAGUGGCAAUCUGGUGCCCGAUCCCAAGCGCUUCCCCAGUGGCAUCGCCUACCUGGCCGACUAUGCUCACUCCCUGGGCCUGAAGCUGGGCAUCUAUGCAGACAUGGGCAACUUCACCUGCAUGGGUUACCCAGGCACCACACUGGACAGGGUGGUCCAGGAUGCACAAACCUUCGCCAAGUGGAAGGUGGACAUGCUGAAGCUGGACGGUUGUUACUCCACCCCUCUGGAGCGGGCCUACGGGUACCCCAAGAUGUCUGCUGCCCUGAAUGCCACAGGUCGCCCCAUUGCCUUCUCCUGCAGCUGGCCAGCUUAUGAGGGGGGCCUUCCCCCCAAGGUGAACUACACCCUGCUGGCUAACGUCUGCAACCUCUGGCGCAACUACGACGACAUCCAGGACUCCUGGAAGAGCGUGUUGUCCAUCCUGCACUGGUUUGUGGAAAAUCAGGAUAUACUGCAGCCGGUGGCCGGCCCUGGGCACUGGAACGACCCAGACAUGCUGCUCGUUGGGAACUUUGGCCUCAGCUUUGAGGAAGCGCAGUCCCAGAUGGCCUUGUGGACAGUGCUGGCGGCCCCCCUGUUCAUGUCCACAGACCUGCGGACCAUCUCCCCCAAGGACGUGGACAUUCUGCAGAAUCCUCUCAUGAUCAAAAUCCACCAGGACCCCUUAGGCAUUCAGGGACGCAGGAUUCUCAAGGAAAAAUCCUACAUUGAUGUGUUCAUGAGGCCACUGUCCAAUGGGGCCAGCGCCCUGGUCUUCUUCAGCCGCAGGACGGAUAUGCCUUACCGCUACCGCUCCUCCCUUGCCAAGUUGAACUUCACCGGCUCCAACGUGUAUGAGGCCCAGAAUGUCUACACGGGUGAAAUCAUCAGUGGCCUCCGCAACGAAACCAACUUCACGGUGGUCAUCAACCCUUCAGGGGUGGUGAUGUGGUACCUGUAUCCCACCAAGAACCUUGGGAUGCCCCAGCAGUGAGGAACUGGCUAUGUGACAGAGGCUGUGGUGGCACCACUGGGCCCCGGCUGUGGAGCCUCAGCUUGGCGAGGGCCAGUGGGCAGGGCUUCCUGCUCCCAGCCCUGCCUGGGUCCUGACCCCAUCAUGCUCAAAUUGUAAUCUCAGAGCCAGGUUCCAUGCCUUCCCCAAGUGUGAACACAUUUGGGAACUUGUCUCAGGGCAACUUCCCGUAGCCUUCUGGCCUUUACCUUGUCUGGACGGCCCCACAGACGUUGCUGAACAAUUCGGCCAGCCUCUUGAGCCCCUGCAGACAGGUUUACUCCCAACGGAAGCCCAGCCUCUGACCCUGUCUUUGUUGACUUUGAAAUCAGGACUUGGAACAUUUCUAGUGGAAAUCUGACCUCUGUCAGGGGUCUCCCUGAUCUGCGUGAUUGGUUUUCCUACCUGGAGAAGGCCUUGCCAACUGGUACUGCAUGGAAGUAAAGGUCAAAAAGAGACAUGGGUGCCUUCAAGCCAUCAAUAAAGCUGUUCUUGAGUCCA